CAAGUCAGGUAGGCGAUUCCGUCUCAAAGCUCGAACACGUAUUAUAUUUUCCCCUCCAUAAUAAAAUAACGGACGGAAAAACACUGGCUGCAUUGCAGAAUCCACUGCUGAAUAACUGGCGGAGAGAUAUUUGACCAUAAAGUUGAAGCUGGACUUCGCCCAACCAGCCUGUUAAUAAAUAUCGCUCGCUGAACAAAUUCUUUACUAUUACACCGACGACAGCUCUGAGCUUGACAUCUCCCUCUCCUCACACACUCUGUGUUUCGAGAGUGCAUUAUUACAUGCAGUUUUAGGAAAUCUUACAAAGUGGUUCAUAAAUUUCUUAAAUAAAAUGUAUUUACUCAACAAUUCGCACCGAUUUGCUCCCCGACUUGGCCGAGUGGCUCUAUUUCAUAGCCAACCUGCUCCAGCUGCCAUCACGGAAGCGAGCAAGGACAUCAAUUAUGCCGUUUUACCCAAAAAGGUCUCAGAGUUUAUCGAGGAAGCCGUGAGAGUUUGCGCUCCUUCCGCAAUCCACGUUUGUGAUGGGAGUGCAAGCGAAAAUGAAAACUUGACAAAUCUCAUGGUGCAAAAAGGAACUCUUCAAGCUUUGCCGAAAUAUGACAAUUGUUGGCUAGCGCGAACGGACCCAAAGGACGUAGCCCGAGUUGAGUCUCGAACCGUGAUCAGCACGGAACGACGAGAGCAAGUGAUCCCCAAUGGCAAAAACCCAACGCCUGGAGCUCUGCCCAACUGGAUGAGUCCUCAACAGCUUAAUUCCGAAGUUAUGAAACGGUUUCCAAACUCGAUGAAAGGGCGAACCAUGUACGUGAUCCCGUUUUCCAUGGGCCCUGUCGGUUCUGGAUUGAGUAAGAUUGGUAUCCAAUUGACGGAUUCUCCAUACGUGGCGUCGAGUAUGAGGAUUAUGACACGCAUGGGGUCAGAUGUGCUGCAACUCUUAACUGAAAAUCAUGAUAUGGACUUUGUUAAAUGCCUCCAUUCGAUUGGUCGACCUCUGGAGGUUGGGUCUUCUGACGUACCAUGGCCUUGUAACCCCGAAGAUACGAUGAUAAGUCACAAACCAGAAACCAAUGAAAUUAUCUCGUACGGCUCAGGUUAUGGUGGAAAUUCGCUUCUUGGUAAAAAGUGCUUGGCUCUGCGUCUCGGAUCUUGGUUAGCUAAAAAAGAAGGAUGGUUAGCUGAGCACAUGCUGAUUCUUGGCAUCACAAAUCCACAAGGGGUCAAAAAAUAUAUUGCCGCAGCAUUUCCAUCAGCUUGUGGCAAAACAAAUUUGGCAAUGAUGACGCCAAAGCUUCCAGGAUGGAAGGUCGAAUGCGUUGGAGAUGACAUUGCAUGGAUGAGAUUUAAUAAAAAGACUGGAAUGUUACAUGCAAUUAAUCCCGAGAACGGAUUUUUUGGAGUGGCCCCAGGAACCAGUGAUAAUACGAACCCUGUGGCAAUGGCGACAAUAUUCAAGGACACGGUGUUCACCAAUGUUGCCAGUACAAGUGAUGGUGGGGUGUGGUGGGAAGGGCUGCCACUCCCAAAAGCUCCCACGACUGUGACCAGCUGGACUGGUGAAGCCAAUUGGAGCCCUUCAACUCACAAAACCCCUGCUGCACAUCCUAAUUCUAGAUUUUGCUCGCCGGCGAAGCAAUGUCCUAUUUUGGAUGCUUCAUGGGAAGACCCUGAAGGAGUUCCAAUCUCUGCAAUCCUUUUUGGCGGACGCAGGCCAGAAGGGGUUCCACUUGUCUAUGAAAGUUAUGACUGGGAUCAUGGUGUGUACAUGGGUGCCUCAAUGAGGAGCGAGGCUACGGCUGCUGCAGAAUUUAAGGGAAAAGUUGUAAUGCACGAUCCAUUUGCAAUGAGGCCAUUUGUUGGUUAUAAUAUGGGCGAUUAUUUCAACCACUGGCUCAGCUUCAAAGGGAAACAUCACAGAUUACCAAAAAUUUUCCAUGUCAAUUGGUUCAGGAAGGAUGCUCAGGGAAGUUUCCUGUGGCCUGGAUUCGGUGAUAAUGUCAGAGUUCUUGACUGGAUUUUACGACGAGUUGACGGUGAAUCGAAUUCUGCAUUGGAAACUCCAAUCGGCUACGUUCCAAGAGAAAGUGCAUUUAACGUGGAAGGACUGGACAAAAUCAAAUGGGAUGAACUAUUUUCCUUGCCAAAGGACUUUUGGCUCAACGAAUUGUCCGCAAUUGAAAAAUACUUUAGCGAUAAUAUAGGAACUGAUUUACCUCCAAAUCUCACAGCUCAAUUAGAGCAAAUUAGGAGACGAUUUAACAAGAAUUAAAGAAGAAAAAGUGUAAAUAACUAUUUAUUGCUGUUUACAUUCAGAAAUUUCUUCUGCUGAUUUUUUGGGAUAUUCUGUACUUAAGUUAUUUUCUAUCUCCAUUGAACCAUUACUUUGAUCAGCCGUGGCGUCCUCCGUUUUAUCAUCCACAUGAUUCGAGUCUAUUUUUUUUAGGAUAGCACAAAGUAUUAUUUUUACACUGCAUCACAAUCAUCAACAACGAAAUAAAUGAAUAAAGUUCAAUUUAAUAAAUUUGAAAUUAA